ACUCCGUGUGAUAAUCAGAAUGGUUGUGGAGGGGCUCCUGCGAAGGAUAAUACACCAAAAAGGAAAGUCAUCAUCCAGCUGAUUUGCAAUUUUUGCUGUGUAUAUUAGUAGUCCACCUGUGGAUUCCUCUGAAAAUACAGUCUCGCAAUGUUCCUUGCGAAUCCGGCCAUAUACCGGCCACCUUUGGCGAAAAGGGUGUUUUUGAUUGCUUUGAAAAGGCGAGCAACCUCUGCUGCUGCUACUGCCUCAGCACCUGUAAAGUCAUAUGAUGAAAUUCCUGGACCAAAACCGCUUCCGCUUAUUGGGAACGCCUGGAGAUUUUUGCCGUACAUAGGUUCAUGGGAUACAACGGAUUUUGCUAAAUGGACCAAAUCUCUUCUAGACGAAUACGGAAAAAUUGUCAAAAUCGGCAACUUGCCUGGCCGGAAAGACAUGAUUAUGAUAUUUGAUCCAGACACAAUAGCCGAUGUGUUUAAAAACGAAGGCCCUUAUCCCGAACGAAUGAAAUUUGAAAGCGUGAAGUAUUACAGGGAAAAGAUCAGACCUGAUUUCUAUGAGGGAUUUCAAGGGAUCGUAAAUGAGAAUGGUGAGAGGUGGCUUCAAGCACGCUCUAUUAUUAACCAGCCGAUGAUGAAAAUCGAAGUUGCGAAUCUCUACGUUCCAAAAUCAGAUCAAGUCUCUAAAGAUUUCGUCAAACUGGUGAAAGCUCUAAGGGGCAGUAACAUGGAGAUGGCUGCCGAUUUCAAGAACGAAAUCCACAAGUGGGCGCUAGAAUCAAUUGCUUUAAUAGCCUUGGAUACGCGCCUUGGUUGCCUGCAACAACAUUUGGCCAAAGACUCUGACGCACAGAAGAUGAUUGAUGCUGUAGUUCAAAUAUUUGAGCUUACAUACGAGCUGGACUUCAAAGUUCCCUUCUGGAAAUUGUUUCCGUCCAAAACUAUGGAAGCGUUGAUUGGAUAUUCAGACAAUGUCCUUGAAAUCUCGCUGAAAUACGUGGACCAAGCGAGAAGCAAAUUCGGAGAUCUGAGUGCAACUGAAACGCCUGAAAUGAGCGUGUUGCAAAGGAUUUUGAAGCGCGACCAGAGCUCAAAACGCGCAGUUAUCAUGUGCAUGGAUAUGAUUUUUGCUGGAGUCGAUACAACAUCCAACACUGCAGCGUGCACACUUUAUUAUUUAGCAUGCAAUCCUGACAAACAAGAGAAACUUUAUCAAGAAAUUAAAUCCGUCGUCCUGGCAAACCCAUGUGAGAAUUUGACUGCAGAACACUUGAACAAAAUGAAGUACUUAAAAGCGUGCAUCAAAGAAGCUACGCGAUUGGCACCUGUCGUCAAUGGAACUGCUCGGGCACUGCCAAAGGAUGUUGUUCUUCAUAACUACCUUAUUCCAAAACAGAAAGCCGAUAUAUUCAUGUUCAACAGCACUCUGUAUCGGCAAGAAGAGCACUAUCCCGACGCUAAAAAAUUCAUACCUGAGCGCUGGAUGCGCGAGGACAAAAGUUGCCCAGUGAGAAAAGCGAACAAAGCACACCCGUUCGUUUUCCUGCCGUUCGGGCACGGCGUGAGGCAAUGUCCGGGCAUGCGAUUCGCCAACAUGGAAAUGGAAACGUUCAUUGCGAGAAUGCUGCUUGAGUUCAAAGUUGAAUGGCACCAGCCUCCUCUAACCUUCAUAAGUAAAGCGCUGCAGACUCCACUCUCUCCCCUCCAAUUUACUAUUCUUGACCGCAACAAGUGACUUCCUUUUGUAUCACUCAGUUAACAUAUUUAAUUUUUAAUAAAAGAUUAUCUAAAUUAAAA